AUGUCCUCCGGAAUCCAAGCAUUGCUUAAAACAGAGAAGGAUGCAGCCGAGAUCGUUAACGAGGCUCGCAAGUAUAGAACUAACCGUUUGAAGUCCGCCAGAACUGAUGCCCAAAAGGAAAUUGAUGAGUACAAGAAACAGAAAGAGGAGGAGUUGAAGCAAUACGAAUCCAAACACGCAGGAUUAAACGAGUCGCUCGAGAAAGACGCCGACGCCCAGGUCCAGGAGGAAACUUGA